AUGGCCACCUCAAUUGUUGCUUCCAAGCGGCCAUUCCUCUCACUGCCCUUCCUCCUUCCUUCAUGGUCAGAUUCUCUUGCUCUGGGAUCUCGACGUUAUCAAUCUUCAUACCGACGGACAAAGCAACGCCUCCGUGUCAAGCCGGAUGCUACCUUUGGCUCAUCGCACCAGGGUCACGAUCAGAUCAUCUACAACCCGCCCUCCAGCGCGCCCUCUGUCUAUCACACUCCGAGCAAAUUCUUGCCUUCCAAUGAUGCUCGCAGGUCGAUGCGCAUUGAAAACGCGGGGAAUGCGACAGAGAGUGUUCAAGAUCUCCCCAACGUCUACCGCAGCGACCCCGAGAGAAAGUACCACUUGACCCCCGCGGAUGUCGAGGAAAUCCGCAAGCUCCGACUAAGUGACCCAAUGACCUGGAGCCGACACAAGCUGGCGAAGCGCUUUGAAUGCUCGCCCCUCUUCAUUGCGAUGGUCUGCGAGGCCAGCCCGGAGAAGAAGCAGAUCCAAAGACAGGUGCUGGAGGCCGUGCAAUCACAAUGGGGAUCCAAGCGACGGAUGGCUAGGGAGGACCGGAAGUUGCGUCGGGAGGCAUGGGGCCGUGAUGAGUGA